CGAUGAUGCCGCCCGGAUGGCGGCCAUGGGGAAGUAUUUCGCGCAGCGCGCGGCAGAUCAGCAGCAGCAGCAGCGCCAUUCUUUGGAGCUGGGAAGAAUUAUCCAAGAUUUGGCAGGGCAGGAUUCCGAUCCAAGACUCGCGGCCGCCAGCGCCAGGGUGCCGGCGGCGCCCGAGGAGGAGAUGGCAAAGAAUGCGCUGGAGCAGCCGCGGCAGCAGGAGCAGGAUUGCCGCGGUGGAGGCGAGAAUGAGGUGGGCGCGCAAAGACUGGCUCUAAGAUUGGCAGGGCCUACAUUGCUACAACGGUGCGCGAUCGCCGAGGCCGAGCAAGCCCGGCCUCUCGCGUUUCGUCUGGCAUCGCCGACCGCCUCGUCCUCGUCUCCAGCUCUGGCCACGCCCAUUUGCGUGCGAGGUCAGGUCUAUCCCCCGCCCCUUGCGACGCAUGAGGAAGUGACUCGUGAUCCGGUGCUCUUCAUGGACACGCUUUGCAAGUUCCAUGAAGCCAUGGGCAGUAGAAUGUCGAGCCCAAGAAUGGGAGGGAAUCAGCUGGAUUUGUAUCGUCUUUAUCAAGAAGUUACUGCUCGAGGAGGUCUCGAACAGGUUAUCAAAGACCGGCUGUGGAAGGACAUCAAAGCGGUGUUCAAUUUCCCCAGAACGACUACAAGUGCGUCGUUCGUGUUGCGGAAGUACUACACGAGCUUACUCCAUCAUUACGAGCAAGUGUAUUUCUUCAGAGCUGAGGGAAGCCUUGUGUCUCCUCCUGUUGCAGCUCCUCUUCCGGCGCCAAGCCCGGGAUUUCUUUUACCAGAGAAUGGAGUGCGUUCGGACGAGCUGGAGCUUGGGCCGAAGAUGCAAAAGCGACGACUCCAGCCUGCAAUUGACGUAGAUCUUGAAGCGCACAUCGGGGAGAUUGUGACCGGAUCCAUUGAAGAAAAGUUUGAGCACGGGUACUUAGUCACCGUUGUCAUCGGAUCCGACAGGUUCAGGGGUGUUCUAUAUCACGUCCCUGUUGGUUCUUCCGUGCCACAGUAUGCAUCGACAGUCGCGACGAGUAGAAGUACUCCAGAAGCUGCAAAUGUUGGCGUGCGGCUGAGAAGGCGACGAAAGCGAAUCGGCAUGCGCAGAAAAGACCCCAACGCACCCAAGCUCAACAGGAGCGGCUACAACUACUUCUUUGCCGAGCAGCGAGCCAAGCUCAAGCUCGUAUACCCAGACAAGGACAGAGAAAUCAGCAAGAUGAUCGGGGAGACGUGGAGUAGCAUGACCGAGGAGCAAAAAUCUCCUUAUCAAGAGCGCGGGGUCAAGGACAAGGAGCGAUACAAACGGGAAAUAAGCGAUUACCGAGACAGGAUGAAGAUGCAAAAACUAGGAAUCAGUGCUGAGCAGCAGGAGCAGCAGGAGCAGCAGUCUGGGGGCAGUCACGAGCAUGAAAGGAAGUACCCGAGCAAGCCGGAGCUCGGACCGGCUUGCGUGAUGCUACCGCCGGAACAACAGGCCCCGUUCCAAACGGCUAGUGCUAGUACUCCUACGACGACCACGGCUACCACGGCCACCACGAUUGCGUCCUAGAGCGAGCGAGCGAGCCAGCCGGCCAGCUUUGUGCUCCGGAUCACGUUGACAACAUGUAUUUAAUCACGCGAUGCUAGCCUAGGAGGAGGAGGAAGAGGAGAAGUCGAUCGAGAGAGCUAAAGCCUGCCAGAUCUCUAGUUGAUCUUUCUAGCAAUAUGUCGAGCGAUUUUGGUGACAAGACAAUACGAGAAAGUUCUAACGUGUCUUUUGUUUAAAUUAA